GUCAGGGGCUGCGUGUCCCUCAUUAGUUAUUUCUUUCUAUUUUAAAUUGCUUUUUCUUUUAGUCUUAUUUGUCUAUUUGGGAGCCCAACGGAGUUACCUCCCCUCCGGCGAACGGGAGCGGGGCCGGGCCGAGCCCAGCGCGCAUCCGCCGAGUGGUGGCAGCGGAGGGCGGGUAGCGGGGGGGUAAGAGAAAGCGGCCGCCGGUUCCCCCCGCAGCAGCCUCCGGUCUCCCCGCAGCCGCCCAUCCCCGCAGCCUCCGGACCCCCGCGCAGCGUCUCUUCCUCCUGCACGGCGGCCGCGGUUCCGCACAGCACCGGGACCCACGUACCGGCCCCGCCGCCGCCUUUCCUCAUCGAGGGGAGGAACCGGAUCAAUUUCUCCCGGGAAUUUGCUCCGUUUCCUCCAGGAUCUGCUCAAUUUCUCCCGGGAACGGGUCACUUUCACCCCCCCCGGGAGCCACCGGGCACCCGCCGCCGCACCCCGAGGUCCUGCUGAUGAAGAGGAGGUGAGGCCCGAGCUGUAGCUCACCCGGGUGCCAUUCCCUGUGGGAAGUUCCUCUUCUCCCCUCGCCCCAUCCCGCCCCUUGGGGCCGCGUGGAGCCAUUCCGAUGCCGAAGAACAGCAAAGUGACGCAGCGGGAGCACAGCAGCGAGCAUGUCACCGAGUCAGUGGCUGACCUGCUGGCCCACGAGGAGCCCGUGGACUACAAACGCAGUGUCCUCAACGUGACGGGGGAGACCUGGGACAAGCAGAAGGAUGGAGAUGAGGAGCUGGAUGCCGAGAACCGGCCGGCGUGGAACAGCAAGCUGCAGUACAUCCUGGCGCAGAUCGGCUACUCCGUGGGGCUGGGCAAUGUCUGGCGCUUCCCCUACCUCUGCCAGAAGAAUGGAGGAGGUGCCUACCUGGUCCCAUACCUGGUCCUGCUUGUCAUCAUCGGGCUCCCCCUCUUCUUCCUGGAGCUGGCGGUGGGGCAGCGGAUCCGCCGGGGCAGCAUUGGUGUCUGGAAUUACAUCUGUCCACGCCUGGGAGGCAUUGGCUACGCCAGCUGCCUGGUCUGUUUUUUUGUUGGUCUCUAUUACAACGUCAUCAUCGGCUGGAGCAUCUUCUACUUCUUUAAGUCCUUCCAGUACCCUCUUCCCUGGAGCGAGUGUCCCAUCGUGAAGAACGGCUCCGUGGCUGUUGUGGAGACUGAAUGCGAGAGGAGCUCGGCCACCACCUACUUCUGGUACCGGGAGACCCUGGACAUCUCCAACUCCAUCUCAGAGAGUGGGGGGCUCAACUGGAAGAUGACCCUGUGCCUGCUGGUGGCCUGGAGCCUUGUUGGCUUGGCCAUGAUCAAAGGCAUCCAGUCCUCAGGGAAGGUGAUGUACUUCAGCUCACUCUUCCCCUAUGUGGUGCUGGUUUGCUUCUUGGUGCGGGGACUUCUGCUGCGCGGGGCGGUGGAUGGGAUCAUGCACAUGUUCACACCCAAGCUGGACAAGAUGCUGGACCCCCAGGUGUGGCGGGAGGCAGCUACACAGGUUUUCUUUGCCUUGGGGCUGGGCUUUGGGGGAGUCAUCGCCUUCUCCAGCUACAACAAGCAGGACAACAACUGCCACUUUGAUGCCACCCUUGUCUCCUUCAUCAACUUCUUCACGUCCGUCCUGGCCACCCUGGUUGUGUUUGCUGUGCUGGGCUUCAAGGCCAACAUCAUGAAUGAGAAAUGUGUGGUGGAGAACGCUGAGAAGAUCUUGGGCUACCUAAACACCAACGUGCUGAGCCACGACCUCAUCCCACCCCACGUGAACUUCUCCCACCUCACAGCCAAAGACUACAACGAGAUGUACAGGGUGAUCAUGACCGUCAAAGAGGCGCACUUCAAAGAACUGGGCUUGGACCCCUGCCUGUUGGAGGAUGAACUCAACAAGUCAGUGCAAGGAACUGGCCUGGCCUUCAUUGCCUUCACAGAAGCCAUGACCCACUUCCCAGCCUCACCGUUUUGGUCCGUCAUGUUCUUCCUGAUGCUGAUAAACCUGGGGUUGGGCAGCAUGAUCGGGACCAUGUCAGGCAUCACUACACCCAUCAUCGACACCUUCAAGGUGCGGAAGGAAGUGUUCACAGUUGGCUCCUGCAUCUUCGCCUUCCUGGUGGGACUGAUCUUUGUGCAGCGCUCUGGGAAUUACUUUGUCACCAUGUUUGAUGAUUACUCAGCCACACUGCCACUGACAGUCGUGGUCAUCCUGGAGAACAUCGCUGUGGCCUGGAUUUAUGGCACCAAGAAGUUCAUGCAGGAGCUGACGGAAAUGCUGGGUUUCCGGCCUUACCAGUUCUACUACUACACCUGGAAGUAUGUCUCUCCCAUCUGCAUGGCCGUGCUCAUGACCGCCAGCAUCAUCCAGCUGGGAGUCAGUCCCCCGGGCUACAGUGCAUGGAUCAAAGAGGAGGCUGCAGAGAAGUUCCUUUUCUACCCAACCUGGGCCAUGGCCAUCCUCAUCUCUCUGAUCAUUCUGGCAUCCCUCCCUCUGCCCCUGGUCUUCAUCCUCCGGCAGUUCCACCUCGUGUCGGACGGCUCCAACGCCCUCUCUGUCACCUACAAGAAGGGCCGGAUGAUGAAGGACAUCUCCAAUUUGGAAGACAAUGAUGAGACCCGCUUCAUCCUGAGCAAAGUGCCCAGCGAGACCCCGUCCCCCAUGCCCACACACCGUUCCUACCUGGGUCCUGGGAGCAAUUCCCCCAUGGAAAUGAGCAGUGCCCCCAACGGACGAUACGGGAGCGGGUACCUACUGGCCAGCACCCCGGAAUCCGAACUGUGAUGGUUGCCUAUGGACCACCCCCACCGGGAGAGGAGGUCACUGGGGAGUGGAUCCUGGCUGUCCAGGCAACAGGAAAAUUACUUACUAAGGAAGAUGAAGAAGAAACCCCUCUUAAAAUCGUAACCAAAAGCAGCCAUUUCUAGGAUGACAUCAGGAAGAAGGGAUUGCGGGAGGGGCAGGACUCCUCCGACAACCCUGGGUGGAAAGGCAGGAUCCCCCCGAGCUUUCGGGGGAGGGAGGAGGAACAAGAGAUGCUGCGAUACCUUUCCAAGAGUUGUCCUCAAUGCAGCUCAAACCUGAAGCAAAGAAGCUCUUUUCUAAGCAGCUGAUGGUUGGAAAAAGGACCUGGAGGCAGGUGGGAAGCCAGAACCCUUCCUCCUGUCACCCAGCGCUCUUCCCUCCCACUCUGUUGUCCUUUAGCUGGGAGGAGUCAUGGCCUUAUUCCAACGAGCACAAUUACCCAUCGAUGUUCAGAGCACAAAAAGGUGCUGUUGUUGUCACCAUCGUUGUUGUUGUUGUAUCUCCUGUAGGUUUUUAUAGCUGUGGACACACCUAAAUAACCCCCACAUUUUGACCAGGGUUGCCAGGGAGCAGCACGGGGCUGGCUGAGACAUUGCAAUGUGUGAGACAGUUGGAUGGUGGAUCCUUGGUAUCUGUUGUGUCACCACCAGCAUGGGGACAGUGUCUGGGGGUUGCUGUGGGACAUGGAGAUGUCACAUCCAUGGGGUGACGUAGUCAACGUGCUCCAUGGUUGGGUAGUUAUUGUGCUGAGUGGCAGAAGGACCUCGAAGUGAGGGUGAUUUAGAUGGGUGAGUGUGUGUGGGGUCUGGAUGGGGUUCCCAUGGUGGGGGUCAGGAGUGCUCUCCUGGAGUUACUCCUGACAUGUGGGAUGCUCUGCUGAACCAAAACCCUGCCAUGGUGAGCGUCUCCUCUUGCCACACUCUUUACGUGUCCCAGAGGGACAGGCAGAGAAGCUGUGGGGCAUCCAGCCCUACCACAGGCCUGGUUUAGCUCUCAGGAAACCACCUCCUGACUUACCUCCCUUGCACCCACCAGCUGCAGUGGCCCGGGCAGUGAUUAGCUCUGGACACAUGUCCUCAUUUCUCAUAGCUUCAAGCCAGGAGGUCUGUAAUACCUCCUGUUGCACCUCCACAGGAGCCCACCAGCCUUCAGAUGAGGGUAACCAGCUCUUGGGGGCAGCAGGCAUCUGCUGAGCAGCAGUUAUUGGGAGUCAGUGCCAGGUCCUGGUGUCCCCGCUAGCUCUUGAUCCAGGCUGGUGAGCCCUUGUUAGAGCCCAGGGGCUUCUAUCAUCCCCAUCCACAUUAUCUGGGGACCAGGCUGAUGGGACCCUAUGUUGGUUUUCCCCAGGCUUCUAGGAAAGGUUGGGAUCUCCCAGCUCCGAGUCUCCCACUGUGCCUGAGGGUCGUUUCCCUGAAUCCUACAUGUAGCCAAUCAUUGCUGUCAAGGGUACCAGUAUUAGAUGGCAUCUUCCUCCUUUCCCAAAGGGGACAGGAGAGCAGCAGCUUGUUUGCCCUCUCUCUCCUCUCAGCAUGUUGCUAUGGCCUCCAAAAGCUGAGGGAACUCCUCAUCCUUGGUUCUGCUGGGCUUAGAUCAUGCAUGAUGGUAUUUCAAGCCAGUCUGAAGGCCAGGUUUGUGGGUGCUUGCCCAUAAGCCCUUUACUUCCCUGCUUUCAUGUCAAUGGGCUUUAUUCCGCCAUGAUUCUCCUGUCAACUGGGAGGUGAAGUCGGAAAGUACCUUCUUUUACCAUCCCUGAGGCCAGGAGGUCCCCAUAAUGACAUUUCUCUGGUGGGUUGUGAUCCUUUAUAGUCCUUCUCCAUGGGCUUGGCUGGUGACCUGAAGGCUCUUCCUGGACAAUUAGCUCAGGCCCUUCAUUAACCAUUUUCCCACGGGGAAAAUGGAGGCAUGGCCUGAACCAAAGCAGCUCAGUCUUUGAUGGCUCUGAGAAGUGCCAGCCCUGUGUGGUCUCUCCUGCAGUGGUCCCCACUUCACCAUCCCCUCUGCUGUCUUUCUCCUUCCCCUGCCCAUGCAAAGGGACAUCAAACAUUGUCUCUGGGUGGGAGAAGCACAAACCCUGUGGCAUUUCCCCAUCAUCAGGCAAGAUGUUCCCUCCCACCUCUUACUUCUCCCUCUGUCCCCACUUUCCUCCACCCAACCAGCAAGACAGAGGAUGAGCCAAAUCAUUGCCCAAUAUCACCUUCCCAAUACCCCUAAGCCUGGGGCUGGAUUCCUACCACAGCUCCCAUGGACCUCACGGAGCAGGACACCAAAGGGCUUAGUCCCAUCCGCUCCCAUGGCGUGACGCUCCUCAAACCCUGGGAGGAAGGAUCCAGCCUUCCAUCUCUCCUCCCAUCACCAUUCCCAAACCAGCCAGGGAGGCGUUCUCUUUCCUCCCCUCUUCUUGCAGCGUCAAAAAGAGGCAAAGUCAAUAAGAAGGUAACAACAAAAGCUCUAUUAUAUAGAUACAUGAAGUAUAGACAGAGAGAGGAGAUGGAAUCAUAACCUAGAGAGUCUCUAUUUCUAUUGUAUAUUUAUUCUGUAAAUGUUACUGUAAAUGCUGUUAAAUGACAAAACAUAUCCCAAAGUGGCCCGUGACCUAUUUCCAGUCCCAGUGCUGUACAGAUCAAUUCUCAUUGUAUAUUGGGACCUAUUUCUACCUUCUGAUUUCUCAUGUGUGCUGGGUGACUCUUCCUUCCCCCCCCUUAGCCCAGGACAUCCAUCAGCCCUGGGGCAUCCAGCAGAGAGGAGGAGGAGGGAUGACACCUUCCUUUUUAUCCGUGGCAAUACUGUAUUCCUUCGUGGCAUUUGCUCGGUGUUGGACACGGGGUGUUGGGUUGGGAUGUGUGUGUUACAAGUGGAAGUGAUCCGUGUCGUUGCCGUGUGAGCGUGCGCGUGUUGGUCCGUAGAUGCUGUGUGUGUGUCCGUGUGGAUGGGUUUGUUUGGGAUUCACUUUCUCGCUGUCCUCGGUCACUUUUGGAGCCUGGGGGGGGGGGUUUCUCCUGCUCACCGGGGCAGGUUCUCCCUCCACACACCUCCUCGGGAUCCUGAGCUGCGGAUCGGGCUGACCCCCAGUAGCUUUUAGCCCUAGAAAUUACCUUUUCCCCUCUUUUUCCCCACAGAGGCACAGGGAAUAGCUGCUACUUGUGAGCACAGGCACUUUUCAGUUCUCCUCCAGACAGUGGGAAAAGGAGGGGGAACCACUGCUGAUAUUCCUGUCCCCCCACAUCAGCUCCCUGCUCGGUUCCCAGCCUGGAUCCUGUUGCUCAGAGCAGAUGGUGGGGGACAAGGAGGUGUUGGGUAGAUCAGGAGGGGUCAAACCACUGUCCCCUCUCUGGGGACAGAGCUGGGGAGGGGUUCAGUGGCUCUGGAGAGGGGAUGGCUGGUGCUGGUGGUGCUGUGGGUCUGGGGGUUCAUGCAGUCCCUGCAGGGCUGGAUCUGGGAUGCUCCAUCCAGAGCAUCGGGAUCUGCUGUUGAUGCUCUGGUGGGGCUGGAUCUGUGCUUGACACUGAUGGGGAUGGCUGGAGAUGGUUGAUGAUCGGCGCCAUCCCUGGGUGUCCCUUGGCUCUUUCCCCUCCAAAACAGCCCCUGCUUCACCUCCUGCCCUCCACCCAGACCCUGGUAGAUCAUGUUAAACCCCUCCAUGGAGCAGCCCUCACUGCCUUCCUCCUGUCCCCCAUCCUGCCCCGAGCCUGGGUCUCACCCAGCAGAGCCGGUGGCCUUGGUGGCCGGGGACGGGGAACACAUGGCAUCAUGCAGGAUGUGGCCACCUCCCCUGUGGGCAAGCACAACAUUGGUGAAACCCUCCUGUACAGGUAAAAGCACAGAUCUCGUAGUAACUUGUCCCAUGUAUCCUCGUAGCCGGUGUAUUUACCACGCGUGCUGUGCCGGCCCAACUCCUCAGCAGUGGAGAACCCUGUAACAGAUGUAAUGGAGUCUGAUUAAAGUCUCUUCUUACCAAA